CGGCAGCGUCUACUAUGUAGUAGUCUGUGCAUGAUUCGCCAACGAGGCCAAAGACAGUCGGCCCCCAGAGGUUGGAGGGGGGGGGGGGGGCGUGAUAGGCCGCUGAAAAUGGCACCAGAGUCCCUCCCGGGCUCCCAGCCUCGCGCUAAGGCGGGCUAGGUAGUCUGCCUAGGUACGUAGGUACCUACCUAGGCACCUAACAUUUCAUAACUAAGCCAAUUUUCGCGACGUCGUCUCCUGUCCAAAACCAUCAACGCCCUUCAAGCAGCACGUCCGAAUCCGCUCUCACCCCGUGGCACGGCUCUGCAGACACGAAACGACACGAUACAUGUAGUCGACCAACCUAGCAACCAUGUCGGACUCGGACUUCGACCAGAUUCGGAAGCUGCAGGCCGAGCGCAACGCCGCUGCAGCGGCCAGGAAAGGUGCCUCGCGAGACCCCUCCUCACAACGAGAGUCGUCCACAAAGGCCAGCCUGACUGAAGCCUACGAUACCGACCUGUACGAACGCAAUGGCCCCGACAAGUUCGCCGGCUAUCACACCUCGCUGCCUGCCGGAGACGACAACGGCGAUGACAUGGACGUCGACGGCCCUGACAACUCUCGCCGGCUGGUCGGGCAGUACACCGCCACCCAAUCGCAAAUCGACGAGUUCGCACGCGGCGAGGGUGUUGAAGAAGAGGAUGUGCUCCUGGGACGGGGCGAGCGCAGCAACCGCAUCUCGGACCGGGAGACGGACUAUCAGAAGAGGCGCUUCAACCGCGUCCUGACACCCACGCGCGCCGACCCCUUCGCGGCCAACAGGCAGGCGGGUGCCGCGGGCGAGGAUGGCGAGACCUAUAGGAGCGUCAUGGAAAAGGCAGAACUGGAGCGGGAAGAAGAACGUGUGAGGAGGGCCAUCGAGGACAAGGCGAAGAACGGGGAUGCCGGCGCGACCGAGGAACACAAGCCUACACUGGCCCUGCCCAACGGCGAUAAAGAGAACGAGGAAGCCGGCUCUACUGAGGCUGCGGCCGGUCGGAAGCGCAAGAAGAGGUGGGACGUGAGCUCGACCGACGACGCGGCACCUGCGCCGCCGCCGCCGCAACCCGAGAAGAAGAAGAGGUCGAGGUGGGACGAAGCCCCUGCUAUCCAGAUCCCAGGCGCCGAAGCCCCCAAGAAGCGAUCUCGUUGGGACCAGGCCCCGGCCGCUACCCCCGUUGGCAACACCGGCCUCGCUACACCCAUGCACCCCUCGCAAGGCUCGAUGCUCCCGAUAGCCCCCAUCGGCAUGGACAUGUCAGUGCGGAAUGCGCCCAUUAGCGACGAGGAGCUCGACGCCAUCUUGCCUGGGGAGGCCGAAGGGUACAAGGUCCUCGAGCCGCCGCCGGGGUACGCACCGGUGCGCGCCCCUGCACACAAGCUCAUGCAGACGCCGGUCCAGACGACCGGGUUCAUGAUGCAGGAUCCCAACUCCGUGCGGUUGGGCGGGAACCAGUUGCCAAAGGAAAUCCCCGGCGUCGGCGAUCUACAGUUCUUCAAGCCGGAGGACAUGCAGUAUUUCUCUAAACUAACCGAGGCUGUUGAUGAGGAACACUUGAGCGUGGAUGAGCUGAAGGAGAGGAAGAUCAUGCGGCUGCUCCUCAAGAUCAAGAACGGUACACCGCCCAUGCGAAAGACUGCACUGCGUCAGCUGACCGACAAUGCUCGAAGCUUCGGCGCCGGCCCACUGUUCAACCAGAUUCUGCCACUUCUCAUGGAGAGGACACUGGAGGACCAGGAGCGCCACCUGCUGGUCAAGGUCAUUGAUCGAGUACUGUACAAGCUGGACGAGCUGGUAAGGCCAUAUACGCACAAGAUCCUCGUUGUCAUCGAGCCCCUCCUGAUCGACCAAGACUACUAUGCUCGAGUCGAGGGUCGUGAGAUCAUCUCCAACCUGGCCAAGGCUGCCGGUUUGUCAACCAUGAUCAGUACCAUGCGACCCGAUAUAGACCACGUCGACGAGUAUGUCCGGAACACAACGGCCCGUGCCUUCGCCGUUGUCGCCUCAGCCCUCGGGAUACCAGCUCUCAUCCCGUUUCUCCGAGCCGUGACGCGAACCAAGAAGAGCUGGCAGGCACGGCAUACUGGUGUCAAGAUCGUGCAGCAGAUUGCCAUCCUGAUGGGCUGCUCCGUUCUCCCUCACCUCACAGACCUGGUUGAGUGCAUCAGGCCCAACCUCAACGACGAGCAGACCAAAGUGCGCACCGUCACGGCUCUCGCGACGGCGGCGCUGGCUGAGGCAGCCAAUCCAUAUGGUAUCGAGAGUUUCGACAGUAUCCUCAACCCGCUCUGGACCGGCACGAAGCGGCAACGAGGAAAGAACCUUGCUGCCUUCCUCAAGGCUGUUGGGUUUAUCAUCCCAUUGAUGGACGAGGAGUACGCCAAUUACUACACCUCGCAGAUUAUGGAUGUCGUACUUCGAGAGUUUCAAAGCCCCGACGACGAAAUGAGGCGCGUGGUCUUGACAGUGCUUUCCAAGAUGUCUCAGACUGAGGGUGUCACGGCAGGCUAUCUGAAGUCUCACGUGCUGGACGACUUCUUUUCCAACUUCUGGGUCCGCAGAGUGGCACUAGACAAGCGAAACUACCGCUCGGUUGUUGAGACCACCUGCGAUCUCGGACAGAAAGUUGGUGUUAGCGAGAUCCUGGAGAGGAUUGUCACCAACCUCAAGGACGAGAGCGAAGCCUAUCGCAAAAUGACCGUUGAGACCAUUGAGAAGCUCGUCGCAUCUCUUGGUGCCGCUGACAUCGGCGAGAGGCUGGAGGAGCGACUCAUCGACGGCAUCCUGCACUCGUUCCAGGAGCAGUCUGUUGAAGACGUCGUCGUGUUAAACGCCUUCGGCUCGUGUGUCAAUGCAUUAGGAACGAGGACUAAGCCAUAUCUGCCACAGAUCGUCAGCACGAUCCUCUGGCGGCUCAACAACAAGAGCGCAGCUACUAGACAGCAAUCGGCCGACCUCAUUUCCCGCAUCGCCAUGGUCAUGGCACAGUGCGGCGAGGACGCCCUCCUGGGCAAGCUCGGGAUUGUGCUCUAUGAAUACCUGGGCGAGGAGUACCCCGAAGUCCUUGGCGCUAUCCUUGGCGCCUUGCGGUCCAUAGUCACCGUCGUGGGCAUCAACCAGAUGCAGCCACCUAUCAAGGAUUUGCUACCACGACUGACACCAAUCCUGCGCAAUCGGCAUGAGCGGGUGCAGGAGAACGUUGUCGAUCUAGUCGGCCGUAUAGCCGACCGCGGGCCCGAAUCCGUCAACGCGCGCGAGUGGAUGCGCAUCUGCUUCGAGCUGCUUGACAUGCUCAAGGCGCACAAAAAGGGCAUUCGCCGCGCUGCAAACAAUACAUUUGGCUUCAUCGCGAAAGCCAUCGGUCCCCAGGAUGUCCUGGCGACGUUGUUAUCCAACUUGCGCGUCCAGGAGCGUCAGAGUCGCGUCAACACAGCAGUUGCCAUUGGUAUCGUGGCGGAGACUUGCGCGCCUUUCACCGUGUUACCGGCACUGAUGAAUGAAUACGCCUCGGUAGCGGAACUCAACGUGCGCACUGGUGUGCUCAAGUCGCUUUCCUUCUUGUUCGAGUACAUCGGCGAAAUGGCCAAGGACUACGUCUACGCGGUGGUCCCCCUGCUGGAGGAUGCGCUCAUCGAUCGCGACCAGGUGCACCGGCAGACUGCGGCGUCGGUGGUCAAGCAUAUCGCGCUGGGCGUAGUGGGGCUCGGCCUCGAAGACGCAAUGCUGCACUGCCUCAACCUCAUCCUCCCAAACGCAUACGAGCAGUCUCCUCACGUCAUAGACCGUGUCAUUGAGGCCAUCGAGGCCAUCCGCGUCGCCGUGGGGCCCGGCCUUGUCAUGAACUAUGUCUGGGCUGGGCUCUUCCACCCCGCGCGCAAGGUGCGCCAGCCUUUCUGGCGCAUCUAUAAUGAUGCGUAUGUCAUGCAGGCUGAUGCCAUGGUGCCUUAUUAUCCCAACCUCUCCGAGGACGGGAUCGAUAGAGGGGAGCUGGGAAUUAUAUUGUAGUGGGACCCUGUGUCUGGACCCUCGGUUUAAAAUAAUAAGUUUUAUUAUAUACGCCGAAGGGGACUUGAGUUUAAAUACUUACCUACCUGCUAAAGGAUACCUAUGUCCUAUAUGAAGUAUUAAAAAUAGAACACUUAAAUAUAUACCUAUAGGUUAUUUAA